AAGCAAAGUAAACACCACAGUCUGCUGCUUAAACCCAUCGCGUAAACAGCAGCAGGUGUCUCCAGAAUUUAGUUAAAAUCAAUAAUGUGGAAUUGUCAUUUGUAUCAAUAAUUUGUGAAUAAUUAGUAGAAUACAUACCGAGUAUUUUGUGCAGACUCUGUAAGGUGAAAUGUGUAAUUCCAGAAUUUCCACUAGAAGAAUGGUGAUAACGAUAACUCCUGGCCCGGAUUAUGGAUGCUGAUGAAAUAUUGUACAACCCAUUCUAUCACUCAUUGAGGAACGAAUUCAGAAAGAAAUAUGAAUUUGCUCUAUCAAAAUGUUGGACUAUUUGUGUUCCCUCUGGAGAAUCAUUGAGGGGAUUAUCAAUCACGGAUAAUUUUGUUGAUGACCAUAUAUUGAAACCUCAUCUGGAACUGCCACUACAUUUUACAUCUACUAAAAUAGAAGAUCCUUUAAUAUAUAAAUACAAUGGAGCAUCACUAGAACUGGUAUACCGCAAUGAUAGUGAAUUAUUGUGCAAUAAUAUUCCACAUCAGGUCAAGAUCAUGUCAGUUGAGAAGGGAUACAACACAGAGUUUCAGAAUUACCAGAUAUUUAUUGUGGACAAACCAUUGCACCCGAAAUAUACAUCACAAAUUGGUUCUCAGGAUAAUGAGAGGAAGCUCAACUGCAGCAUCACUUCUUACAAGGAAGCAGUAAGCUUCUUACAUGAAUUCUCAGACCAAGCGAAGCCACAUCUGGAACACCUGGAAUUAACUUUGAGCCAAGUUGAUUUAGAGAAUUUCAGUUCGUCCAAGGAUUUAAGUUCAAUGCUUCAAGAUUUGACUCGUCAUUAUUGGGCCAUAAUUAUGCGCAAACACAAGAUGUAUUUACAGCGAGAUGCACGUUUCCAGAAGCUGCUCAGUACAUCGUUAGAAGUAUUCAUAAUGCAUUUUUUACAUGAAAAAAUUUAUUCAUUGCUGAGCAGAGCACUGGAGCGGGAAGAUUUGUAUGUCUGCGAAAAGAUUGCGCACUUGAUCGACUUGGGUGUUACACCUGAUCAGUUGGGAGCAGACGAAUCCCUGGCUAUAUCAUUGCCCGCUGCUGUAGUUGAGUUAGCCACAUUGGAUGCCCGAGAGGGACCAUUGGAAAAAUUGCUGUGCCUUAGAAGUACUCUGGACCUAAUUAUUGCCCAGAUAAAAGCAGCGUUUGCUGAAGUACAAACGAAAACUGAAAAAGACAAAUGCGGAGAUGACUCAAACUCUAUUUCAACACCCGCCCAGCCGCUAUCUACUGACUGCAUAGUUUCUUUACUCUUAUACGUAAUCAUAAAGUCUCGUCCCAGCAAACUUGUCACCGACUUGCAUUACAUACAACAUUUCCUGUGGUCAAUCUCUCCGCAAGAUGGUUUGUCCGAUAGUUUGGUCACAUUUGAAGCCGCGGUAACUGCCCUAUUCCGAAUACAGGUACUAGACUUGCCCCACAAAAGUAAUAAAGUUAAAACCGAAUUGCCGAUAGGAGAACUUUUUGAAGUUAUGUCCAGGCCGGAAGAAAGUGUCACUCCUUUAGACAGACAGAUACAUCAACUGGCUACGAUGCUGGAAAAAUGUACACAGGAUUGAGGUUUGUCUUUAGAUAACUAUGUAUAAUACUGGAACUCUGUGAUAAUCAUUUGUGCCAUGUUCGAUCGGUUUAUCAACUUCAAUUCGCGGGUCUGAACAGAAUUCAGAUGUAGGGAGACGAAAAUAUUGAAUCUGAGAGUUGUUCUAUUUAUUCAACUAAUUGUACAUAGAUAGAUACAUACGUAUUAUAAAAUACGUUGGUUUUAUCGUAUAUCACGUAAAAUUUACAGAUAAGUGAAAUUUCAGUUUUGUACAUCAUAAUAACCAUAUUUUUGAAUUUAUUGAAGAUAAGCGUUAAUUUACAGCUUGGUAUUAAAACUUUAUUCUGUAGCACCCA